ACUAGGUCUUCUACCAAACAUGGUUCACCAGAACAGUUUCAGAGUUUAGAUUUAGCGGUUGCAUCCACUAGACGUAAGAAAGCCACCCCUAUCACUCAGAAGUCAGUACAUUUUAGUGAAGAGAUAGAGGACUUUACAGAAGAUGAGCAGGGUGUGUAUGAUGAUGUUGCAAGUGGCGAAGACAACCAUGAUGUGUGUGAGGGGAUGCAUGAACGGUCUGGGCACAGGGGGAGGGGUAGAGCAGACCUUCCCCUUCGUGGUACUCCUCUCUGGCAAUCUCUUUUGCAGGAAAGCGACAUGGCUACGUCAGGAGAUUCAGGCAGCGGGUUGGAGAGAGGUGCUGAGAGCGGCCAGGACUCCAUGGUGUCAGAGGAUGAGCGUCCUUCUACUUCGGGAGUCGUGGCGAUUCCAAACAGGACUGGUGUGAGAGAUGGGCCUAGAAGUGGGCCACUUCGUGCCUGGAUCGUUGGGCACUCAUUCGUACACUGGGCGGCUAUCCGAGCGGCAUCGCAACCUGGAGGGCAGCAGCUUGGGUUCUCAUUCUCCAGGGUGGUAGUUAGGUGGUUAGGGAGGAGAGGCCUUUGCUGGGCAGAUCUGCCUGGGUUACUGCAAUCCGCCAUGAGGCGGUGGGAGAAACCCCAUGUGCUGAUCAUCCACUUAGGUGGGAAUGAUCUCGGCUCAAUUCCCGGCCGGGACUUGAGCGCAGUGAUCCAAUCAGAUCUGCGCACCUUUAAAGCUUGGUUGCCUGGUGUGAGAAUGGGCUGGUCAAACAUUAUACCGAGGUUGACGUGGAGACACAUGGCCAAUCAUAGGGCAGCGUUCCAAGUUCGCAAGAAGCUCAAUAGAGAUGUUAGGAAGCUUAUGUGCGAGCUAGGUGGUUUUGUUGUGGAACACAAGUUCAUUACGGCCGCUGACCGUAGCCUGUACCGAGGCGACGGGGUCCAUCUUACGGACCAUGGCAUGGACCUGUUUAUUGAAGAUAUACGUCAGUCCCUACUCCUAUUUGUGUGAGUUGGGUGGCGGCGAGAGUGGCCCUUGAUAUUCGGGCGAUCUCGUGGCGGGUGGACAGUGUCCGGGGGCAGGAUGUGAUCGAGGUAGAGUGACGGCACUUCCGGCCAGGGAUGAAGUCCCCAGACGCGCGUCUGGGGUGUUCCCUGCCCGUGUGAUUACGAUGCCGAGAAUUCCCUGUUUUAUAGUAUUGAGCUACGCUCUGCUUCUUCUCCUGCGCCCUGGUACUGCCCAUCUUGUUAGCAUGGGUUACUACGUUUUAGCUAGUACCUGAUUGCCGCCCCCCUGGUCCAUGUUUAUUCAGACGGUCGUUAGUUCUUGUGUUGCUACAAUAAACGUGACCUGCGGGUUUUCUCUAACCAUAAAAAGUUGUUGUGUCGUUAUUUUGUGUGUUAUUUAUUUCUACGUUUAGAAACUAAGUUGAGUUUAUGUUAAACCAAGAAUGUAUAUAGUUAUAAGUUAUUCUUUCCACAGAGGAGGAUAUGGCAUUUAAUCCCUUAAGGAAAUGUAAGGCAAAUUGCCUGGAAUGCACAUAAGGGUUAAGGCCAAGACGGAGGAGGGGAGUGUUGUGUUGUGUGUGUGAAACAAUGUUGCAGAAAGAGAGGAGGGGUUCCAGCUUACCUUUUUAAGCCCAGUGCAGGAAGCACAUGUCCUCUUUCUGCUGUUUUUCUCAAAGUUUUCCCCACCCUUCCCUCCCUUUGUUUAUUAUUUUGCAAUCAGUAGGGGGAUCCGUCCUUAUGGUGGUCCCCAGGGACUAGGGCUAUCCGAAGGCUUGAUGAGGGCUAGCCAGCCUAUUUCUGUAAGUCCAAGGACGUUAAGUUUCAGCUCCCCAGGUAUUUCAAUCUGGUUUACGCACCUUUUUGAUCCUGGCCCUUACUGGUACGGAGUGGUGGUUUGCACCCUGGGCUGGCGGGUGGACAGUGUCCGGGGGCAGGAUGUGAUCGAGGUAGAGUGACGGCACUUCCGGCCAGGGAUGAAGUCCCCAGACGCGCGUCUGGGGUGUUCCCUGCCCGUGUGAUUACGAUGCCGAGAAUUCCCUGUUUUAUAGUAUUGAGCUACGCUCUGCUUCUUCUCCUGCGCCCUGGUACUGCCCAUCUUGUUAGCAUGGGUUACUACGUUUUAGCUAGUACCUGAUUGCCGCCCCCCUGGUCCAUGUUUAUUCAGACGGUCGUUAGUUCUUGUGUUGCUACAAUAAACGUGACCUGCGGGUUUUCUCUAACCAUAAAAA